GCUCCUGAACCCCGAGCUGCAGUGGGGCCACCGCUGCACCGGGCAGAGCCCCGCGGGUGCCUGCGCCCCGCCUCGGAGCGGCCGCCUGGGCCGGCUCAGCGCUGGCCCGGGGCUCUCCAUGCUGCGGGCCCCGGGGCUGCGGAGCCGGCCGGGUGGCUCCUGCGAUGGCGACGGAAGCGGAGGCGGCGGCGAGAGGUAAAGUAUUGAUGGAAGGGAACCAGUGCAUUGCUUCCAAUCAUCUAAGCCCCUGGACUCAACCAAUAGCCACUGGAUCCUUCAGCCCACGCGUGACAGAGUUGCCACGGAAACGAAGACGGAGUGAUUCAGACCCAUCGCAGUCAGGAAUCAUGAAAGAAAAAGUGGUGGAAAAACUUUCUCAGAAUCCCUUUACCUGUCUCCUUUCAACAAGGGUAGAAAUGUCAGCAUUCAGUUGCAGCAGAGAAGCUCAUAGCCAAACUGAAAAGCGGAGGAGAGAUAAAAUGAACAACCUCAUUGGAAAACUGUCUACGAUGAUCCCUCAGUGCAGUCCCAUGGCCCGGAAACUGGACAAACUGACAGUUUUAAGAAUGGCUGUUCAACACUUGAGAUCUUUAAAAGGUAUGACAAGUUCUUACCCAGGAAAUAAUUACAGACCUUCAUUCAUUCACGAUAAUGAGCUCAGACACUUAAUUCUUAAGACUGCAGAAGGCUUCCUAUUUGUGGUUGGAUGUGAAAGAGGAAAAAUUCUCUUCGUUUCUAAAUCGGUCUCCAAAAUACUUAAUUAUGAUCAGGCUAGUUUGAUUGGACAAAGCUUAUUUGACUUCUUACAUCCAAAAGAUGUUUCCAAAGUAAAGGAACAACUUUCUUCCUCUGAUAUUUCACCCAGAGAGAAGCUAAGAGAUGCCAAAGCUGCUUUGCAAGUUCACAGUAAUUUCCACACAAGUAAGAGUCAUGUGUAUUCUGGCUCAAGACGAUCUUUUUUCUGUCGAAUCAAGAGCUGCAAAAUCUCUGUCAAAGAAGAGCAUGAAUACUUACCCAACUCAAAGAGGAAAGAUCAUAGAAAAUUCUGUACUAUCCACUGCACUGGUUACUUGAGAAGCUGGCCUCCAAAUAUUGCUGGAAUGGAAGAAGAAAGGGACAAUAAGAAAGACAGGAGUGAUUUCACCUGCCUUGUUGCCAUUGGAAGACUACGUCCACAUAUUGUCCCACAGAACAGUAGCGAGAUUAAAGUGAAACCAGCUGAAUUUAUUACCCGUUUUGCAGUUAAUGGAAAAUUUGUCUAUGUUGAUCAAAGGGCAACAGCAAUUUUAGGAUAUCUGCCUCAGGAACUCUUGGGAACUUCUUGUUAUGAAUAUUUUCAUCAGGAUGACCAUAGUAAUUUGACUGACAAGCACAAAGCAGUUCUGCAGAGUAAAGAGAAAAUAUUUACAGAUUCAUACAAAUUCAGAGCGAAAGAUGGGUCUUUUGUAACUUUAAAAAGCCAGUGGUUUAGUUUCACAAAUCCUUGGACCAAAGAACUGGAAUAUAUUGUGUCUGUCAACACUUUAGUUUUGGGACAUAGUGAUGCUGGAGAAACAUCAUUGCUUCCUUGCAGCUCUCAGUCAUCAGAAGGAUCCUCUAGACAGUCUUUUAUUAGUGUGCCUGGAACGUCUACGGAAAUAUUACUUGGUGCUGGUAGUAUCGGAACAGAAGUUGCAAGCGAACUUCUGGACUUACAAAGGUUACAGUCAUCUUCAUCCCUUGAUUCAAGUCCAACAGAUUUACUGAAAGAUACACACACUCUAAACUGCAGGAAUAUGUCAGAUAAGGAGUUGAUUACCCUAAGUCCAUCUGAAAUAGGGGAACGAGAGGCUACAAAGCAAAACCAAAGUGCUAUUGCUCCCCUCAGUAAUGAACCACUCCUCGGAGAAGGAGUCCAGCUGGACUUUGAAGCCCUCUGUGACAAUGAUGACACAGCCAUGGCUGCCUUCAUGAAUUACUUAGAAGCAGAGGGGGGCCUGGGAGACCCCGGGGACUUCAGUGACAUCCACUGGACACUCUAGCAUUUGAUUUUUAACUCUAAACAUGAGAAAAGUCUCGAAGCAUUUCAUUUAC